UUAUAUUUGGGGAAAUUUUAAUAGCAAAUGUAUUUUAAUUCCUCUUAACAAUUGCGUAAUAAUAAAUUAUAAUUGUACGAUAAUUAUUGAAAUGAAAUUACCAGAAUAGAUGUGACAUUAGAUUCGAUUAUCGUCUGUCCUUGUCGAUACCAAUAUUAAAUUAACAAUUUCCCUGCUACUAAGUUGCGCCAGCUCAACUGAAUAUCAUAACCUCUCGUUUUCAAAAUGAAAUUUCGAAACGUUCUGUUGUAUAAUAGAUAUAGAAAUAUCUUGAUUCAAGAAACCAAAAGGUAUGCGGGUCAUAGCAAAUGGCAAAAUAUUAAAGCUACAAAACAAGAAAAUGAUUCCGCAAAGUCACAAAUAUUUAAUACUCUAUCAAAUAAAAUGAAAGUUGCAGCAAUAGAAAGUGGCAACCCAGACCCAAACACUAAUCCAAAAUUAGCAAAUUUAGUUGGACAAGCAAAAAAAGCUAACAUGCCAAUGUCUACGUUAAAAGGAAUUUUAGAAAAAAUAAAAAAUGCACAAACCGGUAAUACUCAUAUACUGCCUAUGCAUAUUACGAAAGGACCUACGUUUGUUAUGCAUAUUGUAACUGACAAAUUUCUUCAUGUAAAAUGUAAUAUUAUGCAUAUAUCAAAAAAAUUUAACAUCAAAGUUUUAGAAUCUACGGCAUUUUCACGUUUAUUCGAUUGUGUAACUACCGUUACAGCUUCUAAAGAUUGUAACUUGGAUUCUGCAAUGGAAGAUGCAUUAAUAGCUAAUGCGAUAGAUGUAGAACAAAUAGAGGAUGAAAGUGGAAUGUGUUUUAAGUUUAAAAGUGAAUUUCUUCAUCCAGAAAAAAUUACAACUCAAUUAAAAAAUCUAGGAUAUACUAUACUUUCAACAGAAAAUGAAUGUAUACCUACUGAUGUAGUUGAAGUAACCGAACAAGAAUUAUUAAAUAUAAAUAAAUUUAAACAAAAACUUACAUCAGAAAUAAGGGAAAUUGUAAAAAUAGAGGAUAACAUUGCAUCCCCGUAAAUCCAUACAUAAUAUGCAUAUAUGUAUAAUGUACAUAUAUGCAUACACAUAUACAUAAAGGUAAUUAUCAGUAAUUACAUUAAUUACAUUAUAAAUAAAAAUAUAAAUAAAAGAAAUUCUGCACAUUUGCAGAAGUAUGUUACUUUG